AUGUAUCAACCGUCAGUUUUUUGUCUUAAACUACAACUUCAUUUUGGUGGUGAUAUUCAUGAAAUAUCAGUACCAACUUAUAAUGGUGCUGAACCAACUGUAACAGAUUUAAUGAAUGUCAUUGAACGUGAUUUUCGUGUACCACGAGCAUUACAAAAUCUUAUCUUUCAUGGUCAAGAUUUACAUCCAUAUACAAAUGAACCAUUAAGUCGUUUUGGAAUCAAAAAUGGAGUUCCUAUUCGAUUAGUAGGUCGAAUGACUCCACCGGAUAUGAUUCAACAAGUCAACAAUCAAUAUAAUGUUAAUUCAUAUCAACAAUCAUGCUAUGAUCAACAAUCUUGUUGUAUUCAUCAACCGAACGCAAUUGCAACAUUUCAUACCUGUGAACAAAGUUUACCUUACUAUCCUCAAGAAUAUCAACGUACACCAGAUGUUUCUGUUGGUACUCAAUAUGAUCCACCUUCAUCGACAGUAUCUCCCAAUCAAAAUCAACCACCUGCAACACCUAACCAAGGACAUUAA